AUGACAUUUGUCAUUCAACCCUGUUUCCCGGAAGAUGCCCCGGGCCUUGCAGCAACCAUGAUGGGUGCUCGUCUCACCGAUCCCCACUGGAGGUGUCUGUGGGAUGAUCCAUCUGCCGAACGCAUUAUUCCUGGGGCUAUCAAGCGCCUUCCUUGGAGCCUGGUGACCAGCACAGAAACCAAACGGCAUCAGAAGGUUAUUGAUGUCGAGACCGGCCAAGUGGUGGGGUAUUCGCGAUGGAUCCUCCCUCCAAUUUUGGCAAAGAAGGGCGAUGUUUGGCUUGAAGCACAGGUAGCCGAAGUGCCUCCCGCCAACCGCGCAGCGUAUGAGAAGCAGUAUCAAGAGAACAGCCGGAGUGGACAGCCUAUAGGCCUAAAGGUUGGGGAGAUGAUGGAUUAUCGCAGUGGUCCUCUCGAGGAAGCGGAUGCUCGAAUUACGGCAGAUGGGCCUUUUCUGACUCUUGAUUAUUUGACAACAGACCCUUCUUUCUGGCGUCGAGGUAUCGGGAGUAUGCUCGUGCAAAGUGGACUGCAGAUUGCAGACCAACAAGGAAUAAAAACCUAUGUGAUGUCGGAACCAGCUGCACUGAAGCUAUACCUCAACCUUGGCUUUCAACUGGUGGAUACGGUAUCGGUGGACUACUCCCGUUAUGGUGGAACGGAGCCCAUGGUGGAGUACUUCCUUGUUCGCGAGCCAUCUCAGGUGGAGUCUGUAGGUGUGUGA